UAAAACUUACCAGAGAUGCUGCACUUCAAUAUGGAACUUGACUCUCACGACCCAGACAGUGACAAUGAUGACUUCGCCUUGCCACAAACUUACCCUAUGCAUCACGAAGAAGACCCAAUGGAGGAGCUGCUUUCGAAAUCGUUCAGUUCUGCCCACUUUUCAACAGCCGAAGACCGGUUCAUCAAAGACCACGACUUGAAACUCAAGGCAUUUGAGGCCUUGAACGAGUCCAAAAGCCCCCAUGGUCUGUCCAAGCGAAGACCAUCGAUCAUUGACUUGCCCAACACGUCGCGCUACUUCCACCCAGCACCCUCCAAUGCUGUUCACAACAAUGCCCACGAUCCGCACGCCGAAACAAGCUCCAACGCCCUUCCAGAAGAAUACCCGUCAGAAGAGUUAAUUGGUUUGUUCAAAAACGUCAAGGUGUCGCUCGACUUGAGACACAAGUACCAGUCCAUUUCUUUACAGCUCAGUGAAAUGGAUAAUCCUAAAAACAAAGACGAGUGGCUGGUAUAUCCUCCACCGCCCAAACCCACGUACAAGUCGAAAAACAGAUUCAACCAGUUGCCCAGUGUCGACAGCGACGUGGAGGAGGAGUUCGACUUGUCGAAAUGUGUGAUUCCAGAACCAACAGAUGCCUACGACUUCCGAACCAACAACGAAGAUGUGUUUGAGAUCUAUGACAAGUUGUCGAAUGAGAACAUCAUUCGAGUCCCCGGCAUUGCCGAGUACUAUGGUGACUUGAAGACAAUCGCCAAGAUCGCGUCAGAUGGUCCUACCAAGUCGUUUUCAUUCAAACGGUUGGAGUACCUCGAAGCCAAGUGGAACUUGUACUACUUGUUGAACGAAUUUGAAGAGAGCAAGCAGUCCAAAAAGAACCCUCAUCGUGACUUCUACAACGUGCGUAAGGUCGACACCCAUAUCCACCACUCAGCUUGCAUGAACCAGAAGCACUUGUUGAGAUUCAUCAAAUACAAGUUGAAGACAGUGCCUCAUGAAGAGGUGAUUUUCAGAGACGGCAAAGUGUUGACGUUGGAGGAGGUAUUCAAGUCGUUAAACUUGACCGGCUACGACUUGUCUAUCGACACCUUGGAUAUGCAUGCACAUACUGACUCGUUCCAUCGGUUUGACAAGUUCAACUUGAAGUAUAAUCCAAUCGGUGAGUCGAGAUUAAGGGAAAUUUUCUUGAAGACCGAUAACUACAUCAAUGGUAAGUACUUGGCUGAGAUCACCAAGCAAGUGUUUGAGGAUUUGGAGAGCUCCAAGUAUCAGAUGACGGAGUUGAGAAUCUCCAUCUACGGAAGAUCUUAUGACGAAUGGGAUAGGUUGGCUGCGUGGGUCAUCGAUAACAAACUAGUGAGUCACAACGUCAGAUGGUUGAUCCAGGUGCCUCGGUUGUACGACAUUUACAAGAAGAACGGUAAUGUUAUGAACUUUCAAGACAUUCUCAUCAACUUGUUUGAGCCUUUGAUCAAAGUGUCGUUAAACCCCAAAUGCAACCCCAAGUUGCAUGUAUUUUUGGAAAGAGUGGUGGGAUUCGAUUCGGUCGAUGAUGAGUCCAAACAAGAAAGCCCCCACAGAAAGUAUGCUCCGGCCGAAAGUUGGGACUUCAGUAAUAAUCCUCCUUAUUCUUACUACUUGUACUACCUUUUUGCCAACUUGUCAUCUUUGAACCACUUAAGAGCCAAGUUGGGCUUCAACACCUUUCUCUUGAGACCCCAUAGUGGAGAAGCUGGAGAUCCUGAGCAUCUUAUAAGUGCAUUUUUGACGUCUCAUUCAAUCAGUCAUGGGAUCCUAUUGAGAAAGCUUCCAUUCAUCCAGUACUUAUACUUCUUGGACCAAAUCGGGUUGGCAAUGUCACCGUUGUCCAAUAACGCGUUGUUUUUGACGUACGAUAAGAACCCCUUCUUCAACUUUUUCAAGAAAGGAUUGAACGUUUCGUUGUCUACUGAUGAUCCUUUACAGUUCUCCUAUACCAAGGAACCGUUGAUAGAAGAAUACUCGGUGGCUGCUCAGAUCUAUAAGUUAUCUGCUGUUGAUAUGUGUGAGUUGGCCCGAAACUCGGUUCUACAAUCAGGAUGGGAGGCUUCUAUCAAGAAGCACUGGCUUGGAAAGAAGUAUAUGGCUGGAGGAACUGAGGGUAAUAACAUCGAGAAGACCAACGUUCCAAACAUCCGGGUCAAUUACAGAGAACGAACUCUUCAAAGUGAAUUGGCUUUGGUCGAAUACUACACCUCAUUAUCCCAUUAGAGUGGAGUUUACAGUAAUUUGCUUUAUAGAUUUUGAUUAUACGCUCGUUAUAGACUGAGA